AUGCCUGAUACAAAGCAAACGUGUCAAUACUCUCAGAAAGAGUUACUUGAUCUUAGAGAUUCACUUCCUAUAGUACGAUGCAUUGUAGCCAGCAUCAAAAUGGGGACAGAUAUUGCUAAAAUCUUCAGACUUCCUGGGAAAGCACUGGAAACCCCUGAAAAGUUUACAUGCCGGUCAAAGGACCUUGCUGAAUUUUCAAGUCAGUUUAAGAAAAGAAAUAUCGGAAGAGUCCUCUCUGAAAUAUCCGAGGAUAAUGGAAAUGAUUGUGAUUCGGUGCUUCUGAGUAGAAGCCCCACUCAGCCCCAGUUUCACUGGGCUCUUCGACAACAAGAAGGUAAACAUAGACCCGACAAACCUUAUCCCGCACCCGCAGAUAUUGCUGCACAAAAAGCAGAAAACUUUCAAAAAUUUUAUCGUGCUGUUGUAUCGCCCACACAUGUACGUGUCACUGCUGGUGGGAGAAUUGUUCCCAAUAUUAAGCCAGUGGAGGCUGCUGGAUUUGAUGGUGAUAGUUAUAAUUUCAAAUCCGAGCGUAGCGUUGCGGAAGCAUGUCCAGCAGUCGUUCAAACUCCUUGGUCACCAUAUUUAAAUUCACUACAAGCUUCAAGCUAUCCGACGUUGACGCCAACAGGCUCUACGCCAUUUUUAAACGUUUCAAGUUCCAGUGUUACUUUCGAUACGUCGCCAGUGGCUCCUCAAAUAUAUGGAAAUACAUCAAGUGUGAGAAAUACAGCCAGCAAUUUCCAACAUCCCAAGUUAGGUUGUAAUAUAGCAGAUGGAAUUCAAUCAACAACAAUCCCUAGUGAGAUAAAGAUUUCACAUCCAAGUCAAUUUGAUCAGACAAAACCAUUCACUAUCAACGGUCAGCUUGUAUAUCCUGUCUCCCCUGAGUUUCAAUCACCUGCACAAAUUUUUCCUGUACCUGUCGGAAUACCAAGUAAUUUGACCACCCCUCAAAAUCAGACACAUAUUUUUAAUGAAAAUCAGUCCCUAGGUUCAUUUGAAAACAUGACAAACGCACUGGGAUUCCCUGAGAGUCAGCAUCGUGUAAUGAGUGGCAACAGUUCCGGGAACUUAUAUGAGCCCUUAUAUGUACCUCCUAGUCUCAUUCCUGCACCAUAUACCACGGUUCCUGCUCUUGAAUUUCUAACAAGCCAAUUACAAAGUCUUUUCGCAAAUCUACAAGCUCUCGAAAAUCAAAUAGCCACAAAUAAUUCUCUGCACGAAAAAAAAAUUUUAGAAACUCAGCGCCAUGUCAUGCAAAUACAAAUCAACUCUAUUAACAAUAUGCUUGCUAUCCAAUUUUCACGUGAUGAUGUAGAUAGAGGGAAAAGUGCUGGAGAUAAAACACAUAACCUUCCAGAAAAUCAGGCAGAUUUGAACGAAGCUAAUAAAGGGUUCAAAAAGUUUGAGAAACCGGAAAAGCCUUCAGAAAUAUAUUCAACUUUAAAACAGAUAAACGUCAUUAGUAAUAAUAAUCACGCUAGUAAGCUUGAUGAUUUGGAAUUUCUACCAAAACUCCCGACAAAAUCACGACUUAGCAAAUCCUCUGCUAAGGCGCAGCCUUUCCAGCCGAGAGACCAAAAAAAUGUCAGUAUACAAAGUAAAUUGCCCGAGAUAUUUCCAGAGGUUGGAAAAAAUUCCGAAAAAUACUUUCCUGUUAAAGCUGGGCAUGAAAACUAUGCUUAUUUCAAGAAUUACACACCAAUGAGUGAACAUCAUAACUCUCAAGGAGCUAGUUCUUUUUAUGAAUUGCCUAAGCCUAGGAGCCUUGGAGCCCCAUAUCUGAUUGGGACCAUUCCUAGCGUAUCAAAAUGUAAUUCUAGCAUACCUCUAGAUGCUAUUUACUCUCGUCCUCUCACUAGGGAAGAGAUUCAAGCCCGUCAUGUUUAUUUUGGCGAGGCGCCUCGCCUUUCUGCAAGUGGCCUACCAAAAUUUGACGGGAAAGAUUUUUACCCACCCUCGCCACUAAAAAAAGAAGUCCGUCUAAACUCCAGAAAAUCCGAAUCUGGCGGUCUAGAUAAGGGGCCUUUUAUUGCUUCAAAUUCACGUGAAUCAUUACUGACUUCCGGAGCACAAGAAAAUUCAAAUCCCCUACUGGCUCGGUCUUUCUGUAGCACACAAAAUAUCCAACAUGAUAAACAAUCGUUUUAUAGCUGCUCUAUCCAUAGCCACGAUAAUGGAAUACUUGAGAAAAAGACCAACGAAACUGAAACUAAUCAGUUAUUACCACCGCUUAAAAUAAUAAAUUACGAUGAAAUUCAAGAGGAAGAUUUUGCAAAAUUAUUUGUGGAAGAAGAUUUUUCUAGGCUAAACUCUCAGUCUCCAGCUAGAAGUAAGGGAGAUGCUACUUUUGAGGAUGACUUUUCCAAUAUUUUCACUGAAAACGCGGCUUCACCACUUCUAGAACAUCAAAAAUAUUUAUGUGGUAAAAGUAAAGACUUAGCCUUUGAAUCUAAUAUAGAGCAUAGUGUGGAAGCCAAUCGUGGCAAAUUUCCUACUGAAAAUUAUAGUGAGCGGAAGGAGUCAUUUUCUCAUAUGCAGCUAGAGAUGAAAAGUACUCCAAGUCUAACUAAUGAGCCGGCUAAUACUGUUAAAUUCCCAUCGAGAAUAAGAACUAUUAACUCUACACCUGUUGAAAAAUCAAUACUUCAGCGUAUAGAAAAUUUUCCCUGCGCUGAUCAACAUACAUCAUUCCUUCAAAAUAUCUUGAGAGGAGGACCUCCCCUCGUGCCUUUGGUCGGACCAGUUUUAUCAGGAGCUAUCACUUCCGCUAAUGCCCAAGGAUAUUUGCCCCAAUUUUGUGGAUUUUCAGAUGUUCCGCCCUCUCCACCAACAGUUGCUAAAUUAUCCGACGUUAAAGCUGUGGCUUUAUCAAAAAAUACCGGAAAAAAAAGUUCAAUAAUGCCCGUGAAUAUUUCUAAUUCUAAUUCAGAAAAUAACCCAAUAAAAGUGAGUCAAAAAGGACAACCAGUAGCUUCCGCUAGUAGCUUCGGCGCAGAAAAUUAUAUGCGUUAUUUGACACAGAGAGAUAGCUAA